UUUUUUAAUGGCCUUCACUCAAGUACCUCUUACUUUUUCCUAAUUGAUUUGUGGCACAAUCUCAGUCUAUAAAAGGAAGAUAUUGGCCUAAAAUCUACACAACAUCGAGCUUUGAAGUGUCACGGAUAUCUAGCUCAACAUGGCUGAAACAAAGGAUCUUCCAAAAUCAGCAGCAAUCUAUGGCAAAACAUCUCAUCAAUUGUCUGAAACCGUCGGGGAGCCACCGGAAAACUAUAUCUGGACAAAUAAAAUAGAAGUUGGCGCACCUUUGGCCACAGACAUCCCAGUAAUUGAUUUUAGCCUGCUGGUUUCCUCCACCGAUGCUGAGCUCAAAGCGCUCCACUCUGCUCUCACCAAAUGGGGUUGCUUCCAGAUAGUUAAUCAUGGCAUAGAAAGCGCCUCCCUGGAUGAAGUGCGCCAUCUUACCACAGAAUUCUUCCACCUGCCGGAGCUGGAGAAGCAGAGAUACACAAGGCAAGGAAAUGAUAUUGAAGGUUACAGCAGCAGUCCGCCUGUUUCCAGAACCAAAACAUUCGAAUGGUCUGAUAGGUUGCAUCUUCAAGUCGCUCCAGAAGACGGUAUAAAACUCAAAUUUUGGCCUCAGAAACCAGAACCUUUCCGAAAAGUAUUGGAAGACUACUCUGCUAAAAUAAGACAUGUGGAAGAGAAAAUCUUCAGGUCAAUAGCAAAGACAUUAAGCUUAAGUGAUGAAGACUCCUUUGUGAGAAAGAUGCCCACCAUGUUUGCACAGUUCAACUACUAUCCGCCAUGUUCAAAACAUGAUCAGGUUAUUGGUCUCCGUAAACACACAGAUGGCACUGGAAUAACUCUUCUGUUGCAAGACAGCCAAGUACGAGGCCUUCAGAUACUUAAAGACAAUCAGUGGUUAUCAGUUCCUAUAAUACCUCAAGCACUGUUCGUUCUGGCAGGGGAUCAGCUCGAGCUACUGAGCAAUGGAAUAUUCAAAAGUCUAUGGCACAGAGUAGUUAUAAACUCAGAGGCCGAGAGGAUCUCCGUGGCUAUGUUCUUCUAUCCUGAUAAUGCAGAUGAGAUUGGACCACUGGAUCAACUUGUUGAUGAAGAAAGACCAAAAAUGUUCAACAAAGUAACAAACUACAAAGGGGGUUACUUCAACUACUAUCACCAAGAGAAAAGGGGUAUCGAUGCACUUAGAAUACAGUGGUUUUUCAUCUUGAGUAUCCAUAUGCAGUAUGCAUAUAAUAAUCAUAUGAUCCAAAAAAAUAUAUUCAUAUGAUCCAUAAAUAAUUACUCAAGAGUUUACAAAAUU